AUGACGAAAGGAAAAGACAUGUGGUUUCCGCGUCACUAUCAGAGUUUGCCACGAGGGCUCGGACGAUGGCACGACGGGUAUCGACAGGUAGAACCAGAACCCAGAAUCUCAAGGGACGACAUCGAACAAAGGACGCUCAGCGGCUUUGCUCGGACGUCGUCGUUGUCGUCCGUCUCAAGUAAUACCCCCUACCUGCACCUAAACCUAGCUCUCGUCUGUAUCCCUUCCCUUCCCUUCCCUUCCCGGGUAUCUCCCCCUCCACGCGUGCGUGAGUGCAACGACAACGUUGGAGAAUCUGGACCCGAGCACCGAGCAACGUCGCAUAUCUAG